AGCUCCAGUGCCCAGCAGUAUUUACAAUUGUAUUCAUGCACAGAAUUUGACAUCAUGCCAAUAUAAGACUUUAAAGAUUUAGACUAUAACUUAGAGAAAAUUGCAGUACUUCUAUAGCGCUGGGGGAGAUGGUGGAGAGAUGAUCACCGUGGCAGCUACAAAUCAUAUUCGAUAUCGAUUGGAUAAAUUCUGUGAAUGAUUUAUGCUGAAAAAUUACUGGAAAACUGGGAGCCCGCAGCACACCACUUACGUGCUUUCCCCACUUGUGGUCUGCUAGAUUAUAAUAGACUGUUGAGACGUGUUUGUUCUCGCAGAUGGCUGAAUAAUGAUGGGAACGAUGCUUUAUGUCGCAGGGAUUAGCGGGCAGUGGGAGGCAACCGAUGCACUUCCAUUUGCGGCAUGACAGAUAAAGAGGACCAUGGCUGGAAGCGCCCGUGUGUAAGCUAAUGAGCCAGGACGAAGAUUACGCACAAACAAUUGCAAAAGUGAUUUAGAUACACUUUUAUCAAUCUCAGGUCCAACAACAUCCAAGAUGAGGAUUGCCAGUGUGGGGCUGCGUACCCGGAGGGCAGCAGAACCCGUGGAACCGGAGGAAGAACCCCGGCCCCCUCCCCCUCCCCCUCAUCUGUCGUCACACCACAACUUUGAUCACAUGAAGUCUAAGUUCAUGAAUGAGCUAGGCCACCUUCCAAAACACAGCAGAAUGCCCAUGUGGGCAGUGGGAGCCAUUGUGGUGGUGGUCCUGGCUCUAGCUGGCUGCUUCGCUUUCUGUGUCUUCAAGAAGUGUUUUGGAGAGAAGAAAAAAUCAAAGAAGGCUCGAGAGAGGAAAGGAGGAGGCCGCAGGAGGAAAAAAGGAGAUCAAGGAGAGGGGGAUGGAGAGCAAAAGGAAGACGGAGAGAAGUCAGAAAAGGAGAAGGCAGAACAGGAAAAUUUGGGAAAGUUGGAGUUCUCUGUGGACUACAACUUCACAGAUGGCGGGCUAACUGUAGGAGUUCUGCAGGCGCAGGACUUGCCAGCCAUGGACAUCGGCGGCACGUCGGACCCCUAUGUUAAAGUCUACCUCCUACCCGACAAAAAGAAGAAGUUUGAGACCAAAGUGCAGCGCAAAAAUCUGUCUCCUGUUUUCAAUGAGACCUUCACAUUUAAGAUCCCAUAUGCUGAACUCGGAGGAAAGACUCUGGUGCUCCAGGUGUUUGAUUUUGACCGCUUCGGGAAACAUGACGUCAUAGGCCAGAUUACGAUCCCCAUGAACAGUUUUGACAUGGCUCAGCCUCUGCAUGAGUGGAGAGAUCUGGAGAAUGGAGAGAAAGAGGAGGAAGAGAAGCUGGGUGACUGCUGCAUUUCUCUCCGCUACGUCCCCACAGCGGGCAAACUCACCGUCUGCAUUAUGGAGGCUAAGAAUCUCAAGAAGAUGGAUGUUGGUGGAUUAUCUGAUCCUUUUGUGAAGAUAGUGCUGCAGCACAAUGGUAAACGGCUGAAGAAGAAGAAGACGACGGUGAAGAAGAAUACGUUGAACCCAUAUUUUAAUGAAAGCUUCAGCUUUGAGAUUCCCUUUGGGCAAAUACAGAAAGUCCAGCUUAUCGUCACAGUGUACGAUUAUGACAGCCUAGGCAGCAAUGAUGCCAUUGGUAAAAUUUUCAUUGGCUAUGGUGCUACGGGCGUUGGCCUGCGUCAUUGGUCAGAUAUGCUGGCCAAUCCCAGACGCCCUAUCGCCCAAUGGCAUACCCUCCAGCCUGAAGAGGAAGUGGAUGCUGCACUCAAAGCACCAAUCCGCUAGCUAGCCCUAUCUCUACUUUAUGCCUGUUUUGUGCUUAUACACUGAUUUCAUGAAAUCCACACCACCUUUAAACUUCCCUGUAUGCUGUUGACUUUAACACCCACACCCAGUCUCUUUAACUCCGUGCGGAAUGAGAAAUUGUAGUGAUUGUGUGUCAUGCUCUGACUUUCUUGUAACUGUUACUCAAGAACAAUUUCCCUUCCCCUACCUGUUUUGUAUUUGUUUUGCAUGGUUGGUAUUUUCUGUCCUGUCCUUGUUCCUUCACGGGGGGAUAGCAAAUUAAUUUCAUGGCGUUUAGCUAAUGUUGGAUGUUUAUGAUUAAAGUGUACUUGCUUUCUGUUAACACCUUUUAACUUUUAAUGAUAUUCAAAAUCUUCUGGAUUUUGUAUAUGGCUUUAGUUUUUCUGUUAUAUGUAGGAUUUGUUUUUUUAUCAUUUAAAGAAUAUAUUUAUUUGUUUCACAAAUGUUAUACAUCUUUACUGAUGAUUUUGCUUUUGGAUAUCAUUAAUACAGGUUAAUUCGUUUCUUUGUUAGCAAGAAUGCAAAUCACAGGCUUUGCUUUAAUGUUAACAACUCAUUGUGGCUAGGUAGGACAGCAUUUAGAGAUGUAUCCUAGUUAGAGGAUUCAGUCUGUUUGUCAGUCUACCUGUAUGUGAGAUAGAGAAGCAUAAAUAAAACUGUGUUUUAAAGUA